AGCGGCGUGGGAGCCGGCCCGGGCGGCCCACCGCCGCCCCCGCCGCCUGUCCCUCCGGCGGCGGCGGCAGCUGGAACAGCCCCUUCCCCGUCUCACCCGGCGGCGGCCAGCGGGGCGCCUCCUGCCGCUGCUCCAGUUCCUCCACCGCCGGCAGCCGUGGCAGUGGCCGGGACCCCUCCUGCUGCCGCUGCGGUGCCACCGCCGUCUCACUCCGCCGGCAUGAGGGCUCUGCAGGCCCCGCCGCCCCAACAAAUCCCCCGGGGUCCUGUACAACAGCCCCUGGAGGAUCGGAUCUUCACUCCCACCGUCUCGGCUGUGUACAGCACGGUUACGCAGGUGGCAAGACAGCCAGGCCCUCCUGCCCCCUCCCCUUACUCUCCUCAUGAAAUAAACAAGGGGCAUCCAGCCCUUGCUGCCACACCCCCCGGACAUGCCUCUUCCCCUGGUCUCACUCAGCAGCCAGGAGGGAGGAGGGACAGAAGCUUUCCACCCCACCCAAGAGCCAGCAGUCUUUUUGAAGAUCCAAGGGAACUGGUGCAAAGGAUUCUGGGAUGUGGGAUGGCUCCGUACCCCGCGGGACAGAACGCCGCACCCACCACGCUGGUGUACCCCCAGGCCCCUCAGGCGAUGAGCACGCAGCCUCAGACCCGCUCUCCGUUUGCAGCUGGGCCGCGACCUGCCCACCACCAGUUUUUCCAGAGGCCUCAAAUCCAGCCCCCUCGAGCUACGAUCCAGAACAGCAGCCCCUCUCUCCGCCCAGGCGCACAAACCCCUACGGCUGUCUAUCAGGCCAAUCAGCACAUCAUGAUGGUCAACCACCUCCCGAUACCCUAUCCGAUGCCUCAGGGCCCCCAGUACUGUAUUCCACAGUAUCGGCAUAGCGGUCCUCCUUACGUGGGCCCCCCACAACAGUAUCCUGUUCAGCCCCCAGGGCCUGGCCCCUUUUAUCCAGGACCGGGGCCUGGAGAAUUCCCCAACGCCUAUGGAGCCCCUUUCUAUCCGAGUCAGCCGGUGUAUCCGUCGACGCCCAUCAUAGUGCCUACCCCCCAACAACAGCCGCUCCCACCCACCAAGCGGGAGAAGAAGACGAUCCGCAUCCGGGAUCCGAAUCAAGGGGGCAGAGACAUAACGGAAGAAAUUAUGUCUGGCGGAGGGAGCAGGAACCCCACGCCUCCUGCAGUCCGGCCCACCUCUACCCCUACGCCUCCCCAGCAGCAGCCGCAGCCGCAGCUGCCCAGCCAGGUCCCUGAGCACAACGCUGUGGCCUGCGGGACCGUGGAGAGCUCUCCCCUUCCUGCCAGCAGCCCCAUCGCAACGACGGGCGGCCUCAAGCAAGAAGAGAAGCCUAAAACAGAUCCAGUAUUAAAAUCUCCUUCCCCUGCCCUCAGACCAGAGCCGAGUGGAGAGAGGAAAGAACCAGCGGGCCUGACUGCGGAGACCCCCCUCUGCCCAGAGACCUCCUUGGAGCCUCCUGGUCCCGCUGGAGCCCCCUCCCUUGCAGUUGUGCCCCCCAGCAGGUCGCCACUUGCAUCGGGCUCGCAGGAUGGGUGCGAACUGGCUUCCCCGCCUCAGGAGGCUCCUCCUCCUCUUCCUCCUCCACUUGCCAGGGCUGGGCCCUGCCUGGAAUUGCCCAGCUGCCCCCUGGCAGAGGAGGCCGACCCAGAGAGAUGUCGGGAGCCCUAUAGGAUAGUAGUGCCCAACGACCUGCACCAGACUGCUAGUGCUAAUCUAAGUAACGAACUCAACGGAGUUCCCGAAAGGGUAACGCUCAGCGAGAACAUCCUGGAACCUGGCGAACCGAAGGAAGCCGUGCCACCAGCUCUGGAACCCGCGAGUGAAGAAGAAACAGAGGCCGAAUGCGUGCCGCCUGCGGCUUCCGUGGCUCUUCCCGGCUCUCCCUCGCCGCCUCCAAGGCCUCCCCAUUCUCCCCUUGCCCUGCCCGUGGCCCUCGCCCCCCAUCUUCCCCCGUCUCCUCCCCGCUCGCCUUCUCCUCCUCUCCCGCCGGCUGGUGCUCCUGCCACCCUCCAGGGGGAUUUGGACAGAGAGGAGUCCCCCAAGCUGACUCUGAAUGAAGACACUCCCAAUGCGAAAGACGAACUGGAGGUGGACGGCCGGACGGAAGAAGAGGAGUUGGAAGAGGACGACGUCCAGGGCUUGAGUGCCAAGAUCGACCUGGAAGAAGCCCCAACCGCUGCAGCUGCACCAAAGACGUGGAAGAAACCAAAAGAACAGAGCCAGGCAGCCGACGAAGGGCUGGAAGCGGCGGAGGAGCCUGAGGCAGAAGAUUUGCUUGGAGGGGAGAGGAUCCCCGAAGCUGAGCAAGAGGCCAGGAGUCUCAACACGGCCUCUCCAUCCGACCUGAAAGUAGCCAACGUGACGGAAGAAAAUGGCGAGCAGGAGGGAGAGCCUGUCCGCAACGGGGCUGAGGAGGCUCCCGAGAGGGAAGGAAGCUGCACGGAGAGUGCGAGCGAAGCCCCCGCCUGCCAGCAGAAGCCAGAACAGUGGAAGCCUGUGGACACCGAAGGGAAGAAGCAGUACGAUCGGGACUUCCUGCUGGACUUCCAGUUCAUGCCCGCCUGCAUCCAGAAGCCGGAGGGGCUACCGCCAAUCAGCGACGUCGUCCUCGAUAAGAUCAACCAGCCCAAACUGCCUCUUCGGAUGUUGGACUCUCGGAUCUUGGCCCGGGGCCCAGACUUCACCCCAGCCUUCGCUGAUUUUGGAAGACAGGUCCCCAGCGGACGGGGUAGCGCUGCCUGCAAAGUGCAGCCCCCACCCGGACUCCCCUCUGGCACGCGAUGUGGCACCCCAGCAUGCCCUUUGUUGGUCUCGUCUCACCCGCAGCUGAGGAACCUGCAGAUAGGGCUGCUGAAUGUCGGGCCGCGGAGAUCUCAGCCGGGCCAGAGGAGGGAGCCCAGGAAGAUCAUCACAGUUUGCGUCAAAGAGGACGUCCAUCUGAAGAAAGCUGAGAAUGCCUGGAAGCCGAGCCUGAAGAGGGAGACCCAAGUGGAGGACCCCGAGAACAUCAAAACCCAGGAGCUGUUCCGCAAAGUCCGCAGCAUCUUGAACAAGCUGACCCCGCAGAUGUUCAACCAGCUCAUGAAACAAGUGACUGACCUGACGGUGGACACGGAAGAGAGGCUCAAAGGGGUCAUCGAUCUGGUGUUCGAGAAAGCCAUUGACGAGCCCAGCUUCUCCGUGGCCUACGCCAAUAUGUGCAGGGGCCUGGUCAUGCUGAAAGUGCCCAUGGCCAACAAGCCUGACAGCACAGUCAACUUCCGCAAGUUGUUGCUGAAUCGUUGUCAGAAAGAGUUUGAAAAAGACAAGGCCGACGAUGACGUCUUCGAGAAGAAGCAGAAGGAGCUGGAGGCCGCCACCACUCCAGAGGAGAGGACUCGGCUUCACGACGAACUGGAGGAGGCCAAGGACAAGGCCCGAAGGCGGUCCAUCGGCAACAUCAAGUUCAUCGGGGAGCUUUUCAAGCUGAAGAUGUUGACAGAAGCCAUCAUGCAUGAUUGUGUGGUGAAGCUGCUGAAGAACCACGACGAGGAAUCCCUGGAGUGCCUGUGUCGCCUGCUGACCACCAUCGGCAAAGACCUGGACUUUGAGAAGGCCAAGCCUCGAAUGGACCAGUAUUUCAAUCAAAUGGAGAAAAUUGUGAAGGAAAGAAAAACCUCCUCCCGCAUUCGCUUCAUGCUGCAGGAUGUCAUUGACCUUCGGCAGUGCAACUGGAUAUCCCGAAGGGCAGAUCAAGGCCCAAAGACCAUCGAGCAGAUUCACAAGGAAGCUAAAAUAGAGGAGCAGGAAGAACAGCGGAAAGUCCAACAGCUGAUGACCAAAGACAAGAGGCGGUCGGGUGUCCAGAGAGUGGAAGAGGGAGGCUGGAACACUGUGCAGGGGGCAAAAAAUAGCCGUGUGCUGGACCCCACCAAGUUCCUUAAAAUCACCAAGCCCAGUAUAGAUGAGAAGAUCCAGCUUGUGCCUAAAGCCCAGUUGGGCAGCUGGGGAAAGGGCAGCAGCGGUGGAGCCAAGGCCAGCGAGAUCGAUUGUUUGCGACCAAGUGCCACUAGCCUGAACCGCUUCUCCGCGCUGCAAGCGCCUGCGUCGACUGUCUCCGGCACUACCCUGGAGCUGGAUCCUCGCAGAGCCUUGACCAGUCGGGGAAGCACCGGCCGAGAGAAGAACGACAACAAGCUGCCGCCCUCGGCUGCUUCCCGUCCCAACGCCUUCCUGAGGCUGAGUAGCGGCAGCAAAGAGCAGCUCUUGGACAACCAGGCGCAGGAGGAGCAGCGGAGGGAGAUGCUGGAGACCGUGAAGCAGCUGACGGGCGGCCUGGAAAGCGAUCGGAACAGCACGGAGGUGGAGAAGAGCAAAACCAGGGAGGCAGUCAAGUCUGAAGCCCCUGCUCCUCACCCGCAAGAAAAGCCGGGCUUGUCAGACGAAGAAAUUGAAAGGAAGUGCAAAUCGAUCAUCGAUGAAUUCCUGCAUAUUAAUGAUUACAAGGAAGCCGUGCAGUGCGUGGAGGAGCUGAAUGUGCCUGGCAUCCUGCCGGUGUUCGUGCAAGUCGGUGUAGAAUCCACCCUGGAGAGGAGUCAGAUCACCAGAGACCACAUGGGCCAGCUGCUCUAUCAGCUGGUACAGUCGGAGAAGCUCAGCAAGCAGGACUUCUUCAAGGGGUUUUCGGACACCUUGGAGACCGCCGACGACAUGGCUAUCGAUAUCCCCCACAUCUGGUUAUACCUGGCUGAAUUGGUGACGCCAAUGUUAAAAGAAGGAGGCAUCUCUAUGAGAGAACUUGUGAUAGAAUUUAGUAAACCUUUACUUCCUGUGAGAAGAGCCGGUGUUCUGCUUUCCAAAAUAUUGCACCUUCUAUGCAAACAAAUGAGCCAUAAGAAAGUGGCAGCCUUAUGGAGGGAGGCUGGCCUCAGCUGGAAGGACUUCCUACCUGAAGAGGACGACGUCCACGCCUUUCUCCUGGAGCAGAAGUUGGACUUCACAGAAACUGACAGUCCCAGUUCCUCAGAAGCACUUUCCCCGAGAGAACUCUCUGCCGAAGAGCUGAACAGGCAGCUGGAGAAACUCAUUGUUGAGGAAGAAGCCGGUGACGAGCAGAUCUUUGACUGGGUAGAGGCUAAUCUAGACGAAAGCCAGAUGAGUUCACCUACAUUCCUUAGAGCUUUAAUGACGGCCGUUUGCAAAGCAGCUGUUCUAGUGGAUAGCUCUAGCUUGCGAGUGGAUACUACCGUUAUCAAGCGGAGAGUGCCCAUCUUACUCAAGUACCUAGACUCGGACACCGAGAAGGAACUACAAGCACUUUAUGCACUGCAGGCAUCAAUAGUAAAACUUGACCAACCUCCUAAUUUGUUACGGAUGUUUUUUGACUGCCUGUACGACGAGGAGGUGAUAUCAGAGGAUGCCUUCUACAAAUGGGAAAGCAGCAAAGACCCGGCGGAGCAGAACGGGAAAGGCGUAGCGCUCAAAUCCGUCACCGCGUUCUUCACGUGGCUACGAGAAGCCGAAGAAGAGUCUGAGGAUAAUUAAAACUGAAUAUACAAAAAAAAAAAAAGAAAAGAAAAAAACAAAACAAAAAACAAUUUAAGUAUUUUUUUUAAAAAAAAGUUUCAUGUCUUCGCCAAUCACAGUGCAGCAAGGCCAAUAACUCGCGCAGAAUCCCCUAUCCCCACGUGUGCACGAGUGGGGGAGAGGCAAAAAAUAAAUAAAAAAUAAGUCACACACGCAAAGGCGAUCAUGGAGGACAAAAAGUACUUGAAAAUUCAAGUCCAACGCAAACCUGAGGGGCAGGAGCACUAAAACCAAAAUACAUCUAUUAUUUAUAGAAACUAUUUUCUGUUUUAAUCUUUUUUUUCCUUUUCAUUUUUUAAACAAGGACUCAAUACUUUAAGAAGAACAAAACCUGUUCAGACAACAACAACAAACAAACAAAAAAACAAAACCUCAGAACUAUAAUUUAUUAUUUUCAAGAACUGCAAAUGUCAGUGUAAUUUUUAAAUUUGCAGUUUCUGUAACAAAUUGUAUGAUAGACAAAAAAAGAACAAAAGCAGAGAAAUAAAUUUCCCUCCCUUUCAGAUCCAACCUCGGUUUUGUUUGAAAACACACCAGUACCUGAGUCAUAACUUCUAAAAAAAGGGGGGGGGGUGUCAGGAAUGAGGAGAUAGUAGAUGAAGCAGAGGAAUGUUCGGGAAAAACAAAAACACAAAACACUCAGAUCUUUCUGCCUGCCUCUCGGGUUGC